AUGUUUCGCAAGAAUCGCAACCGACAAGAAUAUUCGCCGCUACACGACCCAAUAGACCCGGGGGAUGGUUCCCUCGAUUGGUAUUAUGGGGACCAUGCAGGUGGAAUGGUUUUUGAUUUUGGCAAACAUAAGGGAAGACAACUCCAUGCAAUAUGUCUCGACUACAUUGCUUGGUGGUAUACAACUCGAACGGCAUCGGGCCGUAGCCAUCCCACCCUAAGUGCCAUUGAAGUUUACGUGGACGGGCUGAGAGAAUAUGCGAAGGAGAACUACCUCGAUUUCGUUGUGCCGUUCGGACAAAAACAUGGAGGACAAACCAUUGGCGAAUGCAGGGAUAAGAAGUGGAUGGCGUGGAGUUGCAGAAAACAAGACCUGAUAGACAAGUAUCCUAUUUAUUUCCUUGCUGUCGACUAUCAUUUGCAAAACCCACGACAUUACAAUCAAACACGGGAUAUUGGCGAGCUACUCAGUGCUUCAAGAUAUGCUGAUGAUAUAGACCUUCAACAUGAAGAGGAGCAGGAUGAGUCGGACCUCAGUGACAUCGUCGUGCCGGACGGUCACGUUGAAUAUGAAAGUGAUGCUGAGAGUGACUCGGAUUCGGACGAUGGUUGUAAAGAGGGAAUGAAAGUUACAUCGCCAAAGGGAAAGAAACCUAAGAAAGCAAGGAGCUUAGCAGCGAUGUCCAAGGGAAAAAGCUCCCCUAAAACUCCGUCUAAAAAGACACCCAAGAACAUAAUGUCGAGAGCGCAAGCGACGGUGACGCGUCAUAUGAAUCAUCGGCUACAGAGACAAAAUCACAACGGGGAAAGUCUGCCCACGAUGGCUCCCUUAAAAAACUGUCAAAAAAGACUUACAAGAAACUACAGUAUAGUCUCCCAUCGGAAUAUGGAGGGUUGUACAAAUUUGAUUCCUUUCUUCGAUAGAGAUUCCUUCGACGACUUCCUCGUUGACGACAGCUCAUACGAUGGUGAUGCGUCGUUUCAACCUUCCGGUACUGAGAUUGAUCCACGAGGGAACUCACCAUCUGAACCUUUGGGUGCAGAGACAGACUCAGAGCCGGCUUCGACCAUCAGUAGUAUCGUUCUCACACAGGUCGACAAGUUACACCAGAACCGGACUGGAACCAGUUUACAGGCAAAGGCUAUUCCACACCAUCUUCAAAGAAAUCCCGUAAAGUGCAACGGAAAUCAAACAAUAGAGCUACUUCCAGCCGUGACGUGCAGGUUCCAGAAUCCUCCCAUGUCAAACCACGUCGCGCAACAAUGGUUGUUGAAUCCGAAGACGAACCACCUCCGACGGCGAGAUCUCGGAAGCGGCGAGGUACUUUCUUGUUCGAUUGCUCUUCCCCGUCAUCUCACCGUCACCCCUGUUACGCAACAACGAAAAGUGACGCCACCUUCGGAAUUUGACGGCGUCGAGGCAGAAGCUAGGAGUGAAGAUGACCAUGAAGAAACAGACCCAGAGGUCGCUUCAACUGUCCGUACUACGCCGGAAUUGGAUUCCAACAAAUCUGCAAGCGAAGACGACUCAGGCUAUGCUACACCCACUCCGAAAGGCAGACUGACAAAACAAUCUCGUAAAAUGCAAAGGCAUUCAAAGAACAGAGAUGUUUUCGAUGGCGACGUGCGGAUUCCAGCAUCCCCUUCCAAACAACGUCGACCAAAGGUGGUUGUUGAUUCUGAAGAUGAACCGCCCCCGACGGCGAGACACCGGAAGCGACAAGUGACACCAUUCUCGGAUUCUGAUGUAGUCGAGGAAGCAGAUUCUGUGAGCGAAGGCUCGAAUGAGAGCGACGAAGGCGAUUUCUGGGACAAUGUACAAAGUCCUGACCCUCGUGUUCCGAUAACCCCACAUCGAAAGGUAGUCAGCGAUGAUGAAGACGCAGUGACGCGUAUAGAGUCGACGUGCACCGAGAGUGAUCGUGAAAAACCAUUUGUCUUCUCUAAAGUCCAGACACACAUUGUGCCAAAUCGUACAAGAUCCGCGAAUCGGCGCAAAAGAGAGGGUGGGAUCUGUGCUGCUUGGAUAUCGUUUUCCUUUGCCUUACUUAUAGUUCAUUCACAGCUCCAUCGAAACAUAGACUGCGCGAUUUAA